GAACCACGUGGGGCCGGGGCGUGUUUCCGGUGCCGGCGGCCCCUGGAGGAGUUGCAGCCGGAGCAGCUGGAGGGGACCAUGGCCAACAGUGAACGCACCUUCAUUGCCAUCAAGCCUGAUGGGGUCCAGCGCAGCCUUGUGGGAGAGAUCAUCAAGCGUUUUGAGCAAAAGGGAUUCCGCCUCAUUGCUAUGAAAUUAAUUCAGGCUUCCGAAGGCCUUCUCAAGGAGCACUACAUUGACCUGAAGGACCGUCCGUUCUUUGCUGGCCUGGUGAAGUACAUGCAGUCAGGGCCUGUGGUUGCCAUGGUCUGGGAGGGCCUGAAUGUGGUGAAGACAGGCCGAGUGAUGCUCGGGGAGACCAACCCUGCGGACUCCAAGCCUGGGACCAUCCGUGGGGACUUUUGCAUACAAGUUGGCAGGCCAUGGCCCACCAGGAGCGCACGUUCAUCGCCAUCAAGCCGGACGGCGUGCAGCGCGGCCUGGUGGGCGAGAUCAUCAAGCGCUUCGAGCAGAAGGGGUUCCGCCUCGUGGCCCUGAAGUUCCUGCAGGCCUCCGAGGAGCUCCUGCAGCAGCACUACCUUGACCUGAAGGACCGUCCCUUCUUCCCGGGGCUAGUGAAGUACAUGCACUCCGGGCCCGUUGUGGCCAUGGUCUGGGAGGGACUGAAUGUGGUGAAGACGGGGCGAAUGAUGCUUGGGGAGACCAACCCCGCGGAUUCUAAGCCCGGCACCAUUCGUGGGGACUUCUGCAUUCAAGUUGGCAGGAACAUCAUUCAUGGCAGUGAUUCAGUAAAAAGUGCAGAGAAAGAAAUAAGUCUCUGGUUUAAGCCUGAAGAGUUGGUUAACUACAAGUCUUGUGCUUUUGACUGGAUCUAUGAAUAAAAGGUGGACAAAGCAUCAGUCCCCUUUGGCACCACUUGACGUGGCCCUGGACACACCUCUUCAUUCCACUGACUUGGAAGUAAUGGCAUCAUUCUUUCCUUUCUAAAACGUACUUACCAAUAAAGCCUUUGGAAACUGG